AUGAGGCUGGUGGCCAUGUGGGAUUCAUCCUGGAGCCUGUGUUGUCGAUGGACGCCAAAGCGCACUAAAUGGACACCAGAUGGAAAAGAUAAGGCGCAAUACUUGGCCAGUACCAAAGGAGUACCUCGAAGCGAUUGCAAUAGGGGGACAAGUACAAAAUUGUGGCGGAGCGAAGCGGCACGAAUGUGGUACAAUUACGGCUUGAUUGGUUAUUCGAGCGCGUUCGAGAACCUGACGGGUACCAAGCUUCCCCACAAACUCCGGUCAUCCCUUUUCAUUGGGCAAAAGCUCCAGGUAGCGCAAGUCGUGGCGAGAUGUCUCACGGGGUUGCGACAAGUACCCAGUCCGUAG